AUGGCAAGCAGGACAGGACUACCUCCUGGCGCGAACCGCAUCCUCUUCGUCAAAAAUUUGAACUACCAGAUAACGGGCGAGGAUUUGUACGACCUGUUUGGCAGGUACGGCACCAUACGCCAAAUCCGCAUGGGAAAUGAGCAAAAGACGAAGGGAACCGCGUUUGUGGUGUUUGACGACGUUAUGGAUGCCAAAAACGCGCUCGACCAUCUAAACGGUUUCCAUCUGCAAGAGCGCUACAUCGUGGUGCUCUACCACAUGCCCGCAAAGCAAGACGCUGCUGCAGCCAAAGCUGACCUCGCACGCAGGGAAGAGGAACUCUCACAGCUAAAGAAGAAGCACAAUAUCGGGGGAAAACUCGUUCGAUAA